UUGGGUGCUUUUGCUUAAUACCAGUGUUUGUUGUUAGAAACCAAAAGAGAAGAUGAGCUACGAGCUUAUAAGGCAGCUAGCCUUGGGGUCGGUGAAUCAAACGUUGACUAAUCAAGCAGAGGCCUUAGACAAAUUAGAUCAGCAAUAUCAGACUAGCGAGUUUUCUCAAAAACAACUACUACAGUCGCUAGAUAUACUUUAUAAGACGGUUUCUCCAGGUAAUAAUGGUAAGAUUGUCGUGCUGGGUAUUGGGAAAUCGUAUAAGAUUGCCACGAAGAUUCUGUCUACGCUAAAUUCGCUUUCACUUCAUUCUCACGUACUACAUCCUUCCGAAGCUUUACAUGGAGAUUUGGGAGUAUUGAAAGAUCAGGAUUGCUUGAUGUUGCUAAGUGCAAGUGGUAACACUCCCGAGUUGAUUCAAUUAUUGCCUCAUAUUUCCUCAGAAAUUCCGGUUAUCUUAUUAACUUGUUCUAAAGAUUCAAAAUUAAGUAAUCAUCCCCAAGUCAAAUCGUUAUUAUACGCUGAGCUACCUACUCAUUUGAAGGAGGACACUAUUCAUGGUGUUCCUGCUCCUACAAUAUCAACCACUUUAUCGUUGGCCUUGGCUGAUGCCACCGUAUUGGCCUUAUCGGAAAUGUUGGAGGCUGAUGUUUUGAAACGUAAGAAGAUGUUUUCAAUGAAACACCCUGGUGGCUCUAUAGGCUCCGAUUUGAGUCAUCUCAAUGAUAACUUGUUGCUCAAGGCUUCCAAUCGAGGAGAGGACGAGGUUUCUAAUCAAAAGGCUUCCUGCAGCUCUCAAGCAAGCUCUAAUUCAUUAUUUUCCUUAAACAACCUCAAGCAAGCGUUAGCAACCAAGUCAUCUGAUACCUCAUAUAACCCAGACUCCAAUGGAUCUUCCUUGGCGUCGUCUGAUGAUGAAUACUCCGAAAAACGCGUUAGUAUUGAUUCAAACUUAUCAAAUGAAAUCCAGAAGUCUCAGUCGUACCAAAUAAAUGUCGAUGAAUUUUCAAAAAUAUCAGAAAUUGGCCUUCUCAAACUAAUAACCUUGUAUGAAUUCAUCAUUUUAGAAAAUCCCGAAUCUUCUUCUAUUCGCCAAAAAUUCAAACUGCAAAUACUCCAAGAAUACAUUCCGGAAAAAUUUGUUACCGAGUUAAUGAAGGAUUUCAAAAAGGUUAAACUCACUUAG